AAGGGCGAAUGGUGCUACAUUCCAGCUGUAGGUGUCUCGGUCGUCCUGCGGCGAGAAGCCCGCUUUUGCGCAUCGAAGAGGCGGCGCCAGUCGCGGUGUGGCGCAGCGAUAUGUGAAGGGCUAUCGCGAUAAGCGGUGAUACGCUGUGACCCGGGAUGCGCGCGGGUUGGAUGUGCGCGUCGCACGAGCUCGACAGAUGCUGCGCGCUGUUUCGGUGCUGUUCUGACACGUCCUGGAUUUAACGCAUCAUUCCGUGGCUGCGCGUUCCACUUGUUUCCUGCGUCAACAUCCUGAAGUGGAAAUAUCGCGUGUGUGUCGUGUCCGACAGAGGAGUUAGCUGCCGCGGAACUUACUGCGCUGUCUCUCUUAGGAUGAAAGAGAACAACUGAGGACGCAGGCUAAGGUUUGGGCUCAAGGACUGUUCUCCAUGAGGCAGAAGAGCGCGUCGUCCUGAAUUCGGCGCUGCUGCUGUGUCGCUCGUCCACCCCAACUGACGAGGGUGUGGGUCACCAUGGAAACAAGCUCCUUGGCACGGCAGGUGGAAAGUGUGGAGAGGAGUGUGGCAUUCCUGCGGAGGGAGCAGCUGGCCUUGCUGCAUGGUCUGCACCUGGAGAUCCUGUCUUUACAGAAGCGCUGUGCUGAGGUGGAGGAGGAGGAAAAGCUGCUGGAGACCAGGUGUCAAGAGGUGGAGGCCCAGCUCAGGGAGCAGCAGCGUACUUUGGAUGAGCUGCGCACAGAACUGAGCCACAAGGGGGCACUCGUGGGGGCACUGCGGGCCAGCCUGAAGGACAAAGAGAGGUGCUUUCUAGAGGAGUUGAAACGGCGAAGCCACCGGAGCACGGUGCUCAACACAGAGCUGCAGAAGCAAACGGAGGUGGCAGCCUACCUCUCCUUUCAGCUGCACACCACCAGGCAGAAGCUGCACCAGCAGCAGCAGUUGCAGAAGCAACAGCAACUGCAGCAGCAGCAGCAGCAGCUACCGCACCAGCAGAAGACACACCCCCGAGCUGCAGAACGGCUUCCCUCAGCCGCUCUGCUGCCUGCUGCGUCGGCCCGACCCAAACGCCGUGGCCACAAGCUAGCGGCGCAACUGCGGGCAGAGCGGGCCAGAGAGUGUGUCCCCCGCGAGAGGGUGACGGGCCCUGAGGAGCCCACCGCCAUGCCGGACCCCGCUCUCUUCCUCUACCCUCGCAGGCAUAGGCCCCACCUCCGCCUGACCACAGCACACAGACAGCAGCAGCCGCAAGCAACAGAGGAGGCUAGAGAUCAGCCAGAGACUCUGGAAGAACUGGAGGAGGUAGAGGACCAGGCGGCAUGCCUGAUGACCACAGCCCCUACCGCUGCUACCGAAACACAGGCUGAAUAGCCACAUUGUGGCUGUAUCCACCCCAAGGCCCUGUCUUCAUUAUGAUCACAUUCACCAUUAUCACUGUUAAUGGUGAUGUGAAAGUCAUUUUAGAAUACCUAUCAGCAACCAUUGUUAUCAAACCGUCAUAAAUAAUCAGGUGGUAACCUUUCAAGUCUAUAGAUGUCAUUAUACUGUAAUUCUGUGUAAAAAGGAAGUGGAGAAAAAGGAAAUGGAGUGUCUGUAGUUGGUUCCUGCUCUGAUUUCUCCAAGUUUUUGUGCCUCUUUCCCUAUAGAAUUUCUAGGUUUACCAUGUUGUUCUGCAGUUUACUGUGAGGUCCCUCUGUAUGGACCCUUCACAAUGACCUACAGUUGCUCUCGGGAGCAGUAAAAUUCGAAAACUCUAGAUGGUCCGCAUUCCCUGUUACAAUGAAACACAUUUCCUGUUAUCACAAUGAUUAUGUGUCUAUUUAAUCUGCUGAGGGAGGGCUGGUAGGGAUGAGCUGUUUUAUGAACAGGCUGGCUGACUUGUUAAUCCUGCUCGUCGCUAACCCCUGUAUAUUCAAUUAACUCACAUUAAUUGGCUUUAUUUAAUAAGUGGUUCACAAACUCAAUUUAAAUUUAUCAUUAGUUAACACUGUAGGAGGAGAGAAUGCUCAGGAGGUUAGAAUUCUGCAGUACUUAGUACAUAUGCUUACAGCCCUACUCCAUUAUGAGCUGUGUCUAACCUGCCAGGCCCUAUGAAUAGCAUUGACCUGACGCCACUCAGUGGUGACAUGUGGGCAUUGCACCCUGAAGACUAAGGCCAGCAGUAUGACCAACAGUGUUUUAGAUGUCUUGGGUUUGUUGAUGUAAAGAUGUUUUGCUGUAGAAAAUGAAUCUUGUAUCUUUUUAGCAGGUAAACUAAAAUAGCUGAAAUAUCACAAGUAAUCAAUAAUAUUGGAAAUAGCUUUUUAUAACUAUAUUUAAUGCAUUGUAUUAUAGUUGAAGUGGAUUAACUCAACUUAAUUUUAUUUACAGUGUAUAAGUUGGGGCAUCUCAAGGAUAUGUGCAAUCUGGAAUGGCAACCAACUUUUAAUUUUUAGCAGGAUGAACUUCACUACUGUGUGGCUAAAUAAACCUGUAAUAACAUGAUUUAACUUAAAUUAGAAGGGCAAUUUGGACUUGAAAAAGACUACAAUUUUUUUGUAAAACUUGUAUCAUCAAUAAUGAUAAAUUUUCAAAUUUUGUGCCUAUUAUUAUUUUCUUGUUUUGUUGAAACUUUCCUAUACCUUCAUGUGACUUGAGUAAGAUAAACAGGCAACGAGACACUGUAAUAUUCACAUUUUUCUUUGAGAAUUGUAACGUUGCAUGCCUUUUCCCUGCAGAGCAAGACUGUUGAAAUGUCUUGUAAAAGAGCUGGCAUUGGCUGCUGCUCCUUUAUCUCAGAAGCAGAAGGAAGGGGAGAGGUGCAGAUGGCCUACUGGCCAACAUCUCACAUGUGGUGCCAGGGAUCCUGGAAAUGCUUUAUUGCACUUCAGAAGUGAGGCAAACCUUGAGGCUGCAGUGGAGCCUGUGUUCAAGGCCUGCCGCAUGCUGAACUUCAGUCCUAUGUUUUACACUAGUAUGUUUGUGGCAGUGCACUGCUUUUGAAGAAACCGGUGGGCGUUGGUUUCUCACUCCGUCCUGUCCACCAUGCUGCACGUGUUCUGGGCUUUUUGAGCUCUCGCUCUGGCUUGAAAAUGGCUGGCCAUUUCCUGGCUCUGCAGAGAGCUUCUCACUGUGAUGUCACACAAUUGAAAAUAAGCAUUGUACAAAAAUUUUAAAGUUACUGCAGUUUAUCUGUUGUCAUAUGACUUGUUCCUUUGUUCAUUAUUAAUCCCUGACUAGUAUUUAUCUAAGUAAUCUACAGUCUUAUGUUUUUGAUGAAUAUAAGCAGAGGUCACUCUAAAGGAACAUGUUCCCAGAGACUAUGAGCUGGACUUCCAGAUGAAAGGAGUAAUCUGACAUGAUAAAGUUUUGUACUUGUCAUUUUCAAUAGGGUAAUUUCGCUUAACACGUUCUAUUUAAUCUUUGGAUUUAUAUUACACAAAUACAAUAAUUUUAUUUAAAAGUCAUUUCAGAUGUUUUGUUUUGGUUAUUACUGCUGCACAAUUUCUAUAAAGUAGCAAAUUUAGCAAUGGAACAUUGUCAUGUCAUAUUUGAACAAAAAUCUUAUUUUUCCAUUUUAAAUGUUUGAAACUGCACAUUCAAAAACUACUUAUUUCUUCAUGUACGGUAUACAUUAUGAUAUUUAUUAUCAUGGAAUUUGUUUGAUAAUUCCUUGUUAAGUUUUUCUUCACAAGUUGCAGCUACUCCAGACUAACAUAGAGGCAAUGAUUUGAAAAGUUUUUUUAUUUGAAUAAUAUGCGAUUUUCUUUCAGACGUAAGCCUUUAUACAUUCUAACUUACCCAGUAACUUGCCCACAAAAUAAAUAAAAGCAGUUCUACUCAUUGCUUAUUUUAUUUGUUAGCAGUUUCUAGCAAUAAUACAUAGCAUCCUUUCUGCCGUACGAGGUAUAUUGAAAAAGAUUAGCUCCCAGGAUGCAUCCGCUGGAAAAGCUGAAAUUCAGUGGUGUCCUUACUGGCUGAGAUUCCUCUGAUUUGUCUUUACCGCACAUACUGUGGUUGAUUUACAGAGAGC